AUGAAUUUCAAGAUUAUCUCAACGCCACAAUUCGAUGUUUCUAUGAAAGUAUGUGAGUUGUUUAAUGCAGCUGGACAAUGGGAUGAAGAACUAUUAAAAGCUAAUUUUUGGGAACAGGAAGUGAAGGCUAUCCUCCAAAUUCCACUAGCUUCAAAUCAUAGAGAGGAUAAAUUAAUUUGGCAUUAUGAUCAAAGCGGCAAAUACUCAGUCAGGAGUGGUUAUAUGGUUGCAUGCAUGAAGAAGCAAAAGGAAAAUGGCAUGGAAGGGUCCUCGACACAAGAUGGUACAUUUUUAUGGAAAAAAUUGUGGAGUUUGCAGGUGCCUAAUAAAAUCAAAUUCUUUCUAUGGAGAUGUAUAUGGGGGUUUUUGCCUAGUAGACAAAAUUUGUACCAUAAGAAGAUCUUGAAUUCUCCAAUAUGUCCACGUUGUGGGAAGAAAGUGGAGUCAGUUAUUCAUGCAAUAUGGGCUUGUAGUGAAGUGAAAGCAAUAUGGUCUUUAUCACCUUGGAGUGCCAAUCGCCAUGAGUGGAGAAUUACAUCUUUCAAGGAACUUUGGCAAGCUGUGAUUGUGGUCUCAAGUAAACAGGAGGUGGAUCUUUUUGCUUUUCUAUGCUGGGAUAUUUGGAAUGACAGAAACAAUCUGUUGUUUCAAGGACGCAGUCUUGAGAGUGUAUCAGUGUUUAACAAAGCUUUGGCUUAUCAGACGGAGUUUUACUUUGUAACUUUUGCCCCUAUAUGCUCCCAUAAUAGGCAAGGGCCUAGUAAGAGUUCUGUUAAUUGGCAUGCCCCAUUGGAUGGUCAGUACAAAAUUAAUGUUGAUGGGGCAGCCAAACUUGCUGGGUUAUUACGGGGAGUUGGAGUAGUGAUUCGCAAUGGAAAUAAAGAGUUUAUGGCUGCUUGUUCUCGACAAGUGAUAGGACAUUUUAGUGCACAAGCUAUGGAACUAACUGCUGCAAAGGAAGGUCUUCAAUUCGCGUAUGAUCUUGGCUUUCGUGACAUAGUGUUAGAAAUGGAUGUGCAGGGGGUGGUAGAUAGAAUCAACUCUAAUGAAGAGUGUUUUGAAGCUGAAGGGAAUAUAGUGGAAGAUAUCAAGGAGAUGCAGGGGUGGUUUAGAUCUUUCUCCUGUAAUUGGCAACGACGAGAAGGUAACAAGGUUGCCCAUGAGCUAGCUCAAUUUGGCACUCGGAAUGCUGGUUUUUUCACAUGGAUUGAGGAGGAGCCAUUAUGGCUAACUCCUUUUCUUUCUGCAGAUAUAGAAGCUAAUGGUUGA